AAACGAGGAGGAAAGGGAGGCUCUCUUGUGCCAAAUGGGAACUUCCGGAGGCGGUGCCUUGAGUUCAGCUUUGCUAUGGAUGGUGUGCGGAGAAAUUCGACACAGACGCUGUUUGUUUGGGGAGCCAACAGUUAUGGACAGCUUGGUCUUGGCCAUAAACAAGACGUGCUCCUACCUCAAGCCCUAAAGGAGUUUGCUGGCAGUAAAAAAACCCUCAGAAACGUUGCUGGUGGAGGAGGACAUUCUGCAGUUAUUACUGAUACCGGAGAACUAUAUUUUUGUGGCCAGAAUAAGAAUGGGCAGCUGGGACUUAAUCAUAUAGAAGAUGUGAUACAUUUUACAUUAUGCUCUUCUUUGUCUGGUUGUCCUGUAGCACAAGUUGCCUGUGGUUGGGAUUUUACAAUCAUACUUACAGAAAGUGGCCAUGUUUUAUCUUGUGGAUCUAAUUCUUUUGGGCAACUGGGAGUUCCUCAUACUCUAAGAGGAUGUUCUGUCCCACAAAAGAUUGAGUCUUUAAAGGACAAUGUGGUGAACAUUGCAGCUGGACUCAGGCAUGCACUUGCUGCCACAGAAAAUGGUUCAGUUUUUCAGUGGGGAACUGGUAUGGUUUCUCAUGCAAAGCGGGCACAUCAAGAAAAAAGGAUUCCAUCCUUCUUGAGGGCAAAGGAACCUUGCAAAGUAACAGGUCUUGAAAACAUCCAAAUGAAGAAUGUUACUUCAGGGUCAUAUCAUGCUGCAUCACUUACAGCUGAAGGAGAGCUAUAUGUUUGGGGGAGCAACAAACACAAGCAGCUAGUGAACGAAGAUGAUUUUCUUUUGAAACCUUGGAAGAUAGAGCCUCACUAUUUCUUGGGUGAAAAGGUUGGAAGAGUCUGCAGUGGAUGGACACACAUGGUGGUGCAAACAGAAACAGGGAAGACCUUUACCUGGGGCAGAGGAGACUAUGGUCAACUUGGAAGGAAUGGAAUGCUGUGUGAGAGACAAAGCCAGGAUGAGAAGAGAUCAACUGAAAUCCCUUUCAAAGAGCCACUCACUGUUCCUAUGGCAGUGCCCAGUCUGGCUGGAGCAUCUGAGAUUGCAUGUGGUUCAGAGCACAAUCUGGCAAAAAUAGGUAGCCAGUGUUUCUCCUGGGGAUGGAAUGAACAUGGGAUGUGUGGCAAUGGAACAGAAGCAAACAUUUGUUCUCCUGAGCCAAUCAGUGCUCUUAGUUCUGGAAACCUGCUUUUAAUUGGAUGUGGAGCUGGACAUUCCAUGGCCUAUUGUUAUUUUCCAGAAUAGAUUUUCUACAAGAGAUAUGUCAGCAAAAUUUAAAUACCAUAUCAUUAUUUACAGUUCCCUAGAGUAUCUUGUAAAGUUCUGAACCUUUAGUGGCAAAACUGUCUGCUGGUUCAGAGGCAAAUCCAACAAAACAAAAUGACCUAGAGGUCAUUUUAAAAAAAACAAAUAAUUCAGUAUACUGAAAUAUAAAAGCAUUACUAAGUGGCCAAAGUGAGAGCCAGUUUGGUGUAGUGGUUAAGUGUGUGGACUCUUAUCUGGGAGAACCUGGUUUGAUUCCCCACUCCUCCACUUGCACCUGCUGGAAUGGCCUUGGGUUAGCCAUAGCUGUGACAGAGGUUGUCCUUGAAAGGGCAGCUGCUGUGAGAGCCCUCUCAGCCCCACCCACCUCACAGGGUGUCUGUUGUGGGGGGAGAAGAUAUGGGAGAUUGUAAGCCACUCUGAGUCUCUAAUUCAGGGAGAAGGGCGGGGUAUAAAUCUGCAAUUCUUCUUCAAAAGUUAAUUAUGAUUUCUACUAAAAGUAAUGGAAUAGGAAUUGUUGGCCUCCAAAUUCUAGUUCCUUAUUUUGGUUUGGAGACAAUCUAUGGCCCAGUUCAGUUGCCAUAGCAAACUACGGUUACAGAGAACAAGAAGUGCUGGAAAGAAUUGGUAUGUGCAAGGGAUGAAGAGAUAGGGACUGUCAGACUCUCAACAAAUUUCUGAAGUUCAAACCACGUUUGAAGGAAGGGGCCAGGGCUCAGUGGAAAAGCAUGUUCUGUUUGCAUGCAAAAUGUCUGAGGUUCAGCCCUUUGUAUCUCCAGUUAAAAGUAUUUCAGGGAGCAGGUGUUGGGAAAGACCCUUGUCUGCCUGGGAGAGCUACUGUCAGUCAGAGAUGACUAGAUGGACCAGUGGUCUGACCCAGUUUAAUUGCAUGCUUUAAUUAUGCAUUUAUUUUAGAAGGCGACAGCACACCUUUUGGCUUUUACAGUAACAGGCAAUCAUUUUAUAAUGAUUUAUCUUCAUAAGCACAGAUCAGAAAAGGUCUAACCAGUAAAAAAAAAAAGUUUAAAGUAACUGAACUUAUGUUCUUGGAGCUCUGGGACUGAUUUCUCACUCACCUUACGUCGCUCUCAAGUUCAUCUUUUCAGUGCAGCUUCCUUCCAAUUUCACACUAUCUGCCCCAGGGCUGCAGCAAGCUUCGGUGUUUUCGCGCAGCAAACAGAAGCUGCUAAAAACCAGUUUCUGUUUGCUGCGUGAAAACACCAAUGCUUGCUGCAGUCCCGAGACAGAUAGUGUGAAAUCGGAAGGAAGCCACGCUGAGAAGACAAACGUGAGAGCGGUGUAUGCGAAAUCGGUCUGGAUGAAUUAAAGCUAUAAUUAUCACACAUGCUGGUCAAAGGUAGUGCAGGUUGCAUUGGCUAGGCUGCAGGAGCAUGUCCAUCUGGUUUUACUGAUGUAAAUUUACAUUAAAACCAUUAACUGACAACAUUAAGUUGAAAGGAUAACAGACAAAUGAAUCACCUUUCCUCCUACCCCUGGCUCUGUAAUCAGAUUCUUUAGUUAUUUCUGUGUUUCAAACUGCUAUUCUGCAUGUAAAAAAAUUACAACUCUUUGCCAAAGGCCAUUGCUGGAUCUUGAUGAAACUGGUUAAAUUUUAGUGUAGUAUUGUAGGUGGUUUUACCAAGGAUUAAUUAAAAAAAAAAAAAAAGCUAUUCAUUUUAUAUAAGGAAUGAUGCACGUACAUAUACAGUUUUAAUGGUAUCUUUGGUAACUUUAUACAGUGUUCAUUUUUUAAAAAUUGUUGACCUAGUCAGAUGUAUUGAUGAAAUGGACUACAAAAAUAGAAAAAUUAACAACUUUAAGUCAAUUAAUUUGCAGUUGAUUUGCAGUUCCUUCAGUUUUGUUGGGAUAGGUAAAUUCUAACAAGUAUGGUUAGAGAGGAGUAGGAAAAAUGACAAGCUAAAUGUCUCAUAACAUUGGCUGUUCACUGAUUGGGUAAGGCAGUGAGCAGCACAAUAUCACCUUACUGUAUUUAUUUCAUUAAAAUUUCAUUUUACAAUUUUUUAAAUGCAAGCUUUUUUAAAAUAGGACAAUUUUGGAUUAGAAAAAAAAGAAUAGCAACAGCUUGUAUUUCAAAAUCUACCCAGAUCUGGCCAUCCAGCUUUCUCCCUGAUUUUUCUCAUGCUUAAAACAUCCAGUAACAAAUUCUUCAUUAUAUCCUGAGUAUGACAAGCUGCUUAAAGAAGCAAGCAAGGACUAACUUCUGAAGAGAGCUACCGUUGGCCACCCCUGAAUUAGAACAUUAUGAUCCAAGGCUUCUGAAAUAAAGUCUGAAUAAGAUCAAAAGCUAUUGUCAGGUUAUCGCUGGUGAACUGGAGGUGACUUUCAUAAGAAUUUUGCAUCCACAGUGCAAGGCAAAUAGCUUUGAGUAGCAAGAACAUAAUUCAACAUAAAAGCUUGAGUAAGCAGCAAAGCUAUUGAUCCUAAUAAACAGACUUUUCUAUUCUCUGAGAGCAAAGGGAAAUCUGGUGACUUGCCCAGUGCUGAUGUGGGGGGAGGAAAGGUUGGCCUAAUAAAGUAACUUUCAAUAAAAACAACUUUACAGAUGACCUCCAGCCUGAAUGACUGCAAGCUAUGGGGAGAAGUGUAUUCUGGCAUAGGUGCUGUCAAAUAUUUCAAAGUAAGAUGUUCUCAGCAGCUUGUAGAUCUACAUGGACGUAUGUACCAGGCUGUCGUCUGCUAUGGAAACUGCCAGAAUUGUAUAUUGGAUUAAAGUAAAAGAAGAUUGAUUAUCU